AUGCGCCCCACCCCUCUCCGACCCCUCUCCACCUCCCGCGCCAGCCACCGCCACCACCACCACCACCAUCUCAGCCCCUUCCUCGCUCGCCUCAUCGUCUCCGGCGACAUCCUCAGCCACCUUCUCUCCCUCCGCCGCGUCGUCGAUCUCCUCACCCUCUCUCCCGACCUCCCCUCCUCCCUCCUCCUCUCCCGCCCCGUCUCUCGCCUCUACUUCCCCCUCUUCCCCUCCUCCUCCACCUUCUUCUUCAACCUACUUAUCCGUGCAUUCUCCCUCAGCUGCCAACACGCCGCUGAGUCGGUCGCCAUCUUCGCCACCUUCCUCCGCUGCAGCAGCUCCCUUCCUGAUUCUUUCACCUUUCCCUUCCUCUGCAAGGCCUUCUCCAGUCUCAACUCUCCGAGAGAAGGCCCCCAGGCUCAUGCCCAGGUCACAAAGCGCGGAUUUUUGGCCUAUUCCUACGCCGUCAACACCCUCCUCACCAUGUACUCGACUUUCGGCGACAUGUGUUCUGCCCAGAAGCUCUUCGAUUCGAGCUUGGAGGUGGUAGAUGUCGUCUCGUGGAACACGGUCAUCGACGGGUAUGUGAAAUCCAGUGCGGUGGAUGUCGCAAGGAAGCUGUUUGAUGAAAUGCCAGUGAGAAAUGAGGUUUCUUGGAGCUCUAUAAUUUCUGGGUAUGUGGCAAAAGGCGAGUUGGACGUCGCACAGUUGCUGUUUGAUAGAAUGCCUGUAAAAAGGAAUGUGGCGACGUGGAAUUCUAUGGUGUCCGGAUUUGCCAGACAUGGGUUGCUUGGCUUGGCACGGAAGAUGUUUAAUGAAAUGCCGGUUAGGAAUGUAGUCUCGUGGAAUUCGAUGAUCUCAGGAUAUACCCUAAACGCAGAGAUUGACAAAGCUAGGGAGUUGUUCAAUGUAAUGCCUGAGAAGGAUGUGGUUUCUUGGAGCACCAUGAUUUCAGGGUAUACACAAACUAACCACCAUUCUGAGGCGCUCAAACUAUUUGAAGAGAUGCAGAGAGACUGCCGAGUGAGACCCAACGAAGUGACCAUGGUGAGCGUGCUAUCCGCUUGCGCCCACCUUGCUGCUUUGGAUCAAGGGAAGUGGGUCCAUGCCUACAUAGACAGGAACCGAAUGGUACUAGAUAAUGAGUACAAUCUAGGGGCCGCUAUCAUCGAUAUGUAUGCCAAAUGUGGAUGUAUGGAUUUAGCAAUCAGUCUCUUCCAGUCGUUGGACGGAAAGAACGUUUCUUCCUGGAAUGCUCUGAUCACAGGGCUAGCCAUUAACGGUGCUUCCCACGAAUCUCUUGAAGCCUUUGAGCUGAUGAGGAGAUCGGGGAUAAACCCUGAUGACAUAACUUUUCUCGGGGUCCUGAUAGCUUGUACUCAUGGCGGGUUGGUACAUGAGGGGCGUCGUUAUUUUGAAAGCAUGAUGACUGUUUACGGGCUUCGGCCAGAGAUGAAGCACUAUGGAUGCAUGGUCGAUCUGUUGGCCCGAGCGGGCUUGCUUGAAGAGGCGGAGGAAUUAAUCAGAAGCAUGCCUUAUAAGCCUGAUGUGAUGGUGUUGGGUGCUUUGCUUGGUGCUUGCAGGAUUUACAGAGCCGUUGAUAUUGCCGAUAGAGUGAGGAGUGAAUUUCUUCCUAUUUCUCAGCAAUCGGGCUGCCAUGUUCUACUAUCUAAUAUUUAUGCUGCGGCAGGUCGAUGGGCUGAUGCUUUAGAAAUGAGGAGUUCAUUAAAACGGAGUGGCGCAAGGAAGGUGCCGGGGUCUAGCUCGGUCGAAUUGGAUUGAGUUGCUUAUGAAUUUAUCGCAGUAGAUUGUGCAUAUCUCGAGACUAGUUCGUUACGUACUUGGCUUGAUGAAAUGGUAGAGAAGUUGAGAUCAUAAGGGUACUUUUCUUGAACUGCCGGUGUUCUUUUGAAUUCAGAUGAGAAAGAUAAAGAGAAUUGGCUUUCGAGACACAGCUAGAAACUUCGCUUUGCUAGCAUGAGCCCCUACUAGAACUUCGCUGUCUAACAUGAGAAUGCGAAUCAUUAAGGACUUUCUAUGCUGUGACUGACAUUCAUUCAUAAAGCAAGUGUUGAAGUUACAUCUGCAGGAAAGUCUCAUUUCAGAUCAGAUUCAAUUCUAUCAUCUGAGGGCAGGGCGGCACUUCUUCGUGCUGGAUUACUAUUUCCGAAAGAGAACCUCUUUGAGCAGUCGGGAGUGCAGUCACUGCAGGGCAGGCCGCAGGCAUGUAUGAAGAUUCGGCAUCUUAGUCAGUCCACUCGGUUUCCAAGAGGGGUCAGCAAGACUUUUGGGUGAUCAAACUCACAAAUCCUCAAUUAAAUAUGAGUUUUUUUUAAAAAAAAUUCAAGAUCUAUAAUUAGUUUGUAACAAUUCAUUGAUUAAAGAAUUUAAUCACCUAAGUUACCUAUGCAAAAUAAACAGUUUCUUUCCAAACUCCUGUUUCACAUGCCCGGCGUUUCCAACAGUGCUGUUGAUUAAUGAGUAUAAUGAUCGAUCCUUCAGUGCUUUCACUAGUAAGCAGCAGAAGAAUAUUUAACUCUCAUGCAAUUGAGGCAACGGCAUAUUGAACGUUUCCACGAACCCAAGUCCAUAUAAGUUUGUGUUUGGCAUCACAUGAAGAGCCUGAGCUGCAGCUGGCCAUGAAGACAUCACAGAUCCUAGCGUGGCUCCUCCUGAUCCUAUGCUGCACGGCGGUCUUUGUCACGCAAUCCGAGGCGAGGCAUCGCCUCCGCCCCUCUGGCUCCCUCGGGUUCCUCUACAACGGAUACGGGAUGCCGUGGUGGGCGUGGCGGUGGAUUGAAUGGCCAAAGAUUCACCCGCGCAAGCCGAGCCCUCUACGCCACCUCGAAUGCUGGAUAGAUCUCCUGAAGCCUGUAGGGUGUCUGCACUCGGUCUUCGAGUACUACUACGGUAGAAGACAGAGACUUAGCCCGGAGUGCUGCGAGACCGUCAGAGGACUUAAAAAGGAGUGCGACCAACCGGUGUUCGCGCGCUUUGCCGUUGGCUUCGAUCAAAAGAUUAGGUCGCAUUGUUCUUUGCUUGGCCCAGCUGCAGCUCCACAAUAAACCUAAUUUCAAGAACUGAAAUAUAAUUAAUAGCAUUUUUUAUAGAAACGAAUAAAAUUAUGUUAUAAAGAUAUGUUUCAACAAUGAUCAAAAUUUAAGGAGAUUAUUCAUAACAAGUUAAAAGAUUGAUCAUUGUUAUCGCUAUUUUAUGUGUUAAGAGAA